CUCGUCGGCUCGCGGCUCCGCCUACUCGGGGGGAGGAACUUAAAGGGCCGGUUCUUUCCGCGGCCGCGGGAUGCCCCUGCGCUGACCGCCAGGGGCUGGUGCCCGCCCUCGUAGAUUCACCCGGCCUGACACCGCGCCACCAUGUAAACGGCGCCAGCAGGAGGACGCUGGCUUCUCCGCCCGGGACCCCCUCCGCCCUGACCCGGGCCCCGCGGCCCUCGAUGAGGACACAGCAUGCUGACCGGGGUGACCGACGGUAUCUUCUGUUGCCUGCUGGGCACGCCCCCCAACGCGGUGGGGCCCCUGGAGAGCGUCGAGUCCAGCGAUGGCUACACCUUUGUAGAGGUCAAGCCCGGCCGCGUGCUGCGGGUGAAGCAUGCAGGACCCGCCCCGACCGCUGCCCCACCUCCGCCAUCAUCCGCGUCCUCGGAUGCCGCCCAGGGGGACCUCUCCGGCUUGGUCCGCUGUCAGCGCCGCAUCACCGUGUACCGCAAUGGGCGGUUGUUGGUGGAAAACCUGGGCCGAGCCCCUCGAGCCGACCUCCUGAACGGGCAGAAUGGCUCCGGGGAGCCGCCGGCCGCCCUGGAAGUGGAGCUGGCCGACCCGGCGGGCAGCGAUGGCCGCUCGGGCCCCGGCAGUGCUGGCAGCGGCAGCGGCAGUGGUAAUGGUGGGCGGCGGCGGCGAGCCCGGCGCCCCAAGAGGACCAUCCAUAUUGACUGUGAGAAGCGCAUCACUAGCUGCAAAGGCGCCCAGGCCGACGUGGUGCUCUUUUUCAUCCAUGGUGUCGGCGGCUCCCUGGCCAUCUGGAAGGAGCAGCUGGACUUCUUUGUACGCCUAGGCUAUGAGGUGGUGGCUCCUGACCUGGCCGGCCACGGGGCCAGCUCUGCGCCCCAGGUGGCCGCAGCGUAUACCUUCUACGCGCUGGCUGAGGACAUGCGAGCGAUCUUCAAGCGCUAUGCCAAGAAGCGAAAUGUGCUCAUUGGCCAUUCCUAUGGUGUCUCCUUCUGCACAUUCCUGGCACACGAGUACCCAGACCUAGUGCACAAGGUGAUCAUGAUCAAUGGUGGGGGCCCUACGGCGCUGGAGCCCAGCUUCUGCUCAAUCUUCAACAUGCCCACCUGCGUUCUGCACUGCUUGUCGCCCUGCCUGGCCUGGAGCUUCCUCAAGGCCGGCUUCGCCCGCCAAGGAGCCAAGGAGAAGCAGCUGUUAAAGGAGGGCAACGCUUUCAACGUGUCAUCCUUCGUGCUGCGGGCCAUGAUGAGCGGACAGUACUGGCCCGAGGGUGACGAGGUCUACCACGCCGAGCUCACCGUGCCCGUCCUGCUUGUCCACGGCAUGCACGAUAAGUUUGUGCCAGUGGAGGAAGACCAGCGCAUGGCCGAGAUCCUGCUCUUGGCAUUCCUGAAGCUCAUCGACGAGGGCAGCCACAUGGUGAUGCUGGAAUGCCCCGAGACGGUCAACACGCUGCUCCACGAAUUCCUGCUCUGGGAGCCCGAGCCCUCGCCCAGGGCUCUGCCCGAGCCACUGCCGGCGCCUCCAGAAGACAAGAAGUAGCCGCCAGGCCGGCGGGGCAUCGCUUGGUGAGCACAGCCACGGCAGGAGAGGCCGGAGCCCGCGCCGGGUCUGCAGCGCAGACCACCUGGGCGGGCCUUUCGCUCCGGUGGGCGUGGCCAGGUCAGGGAGACGCCCCCAGGCUGGCUGGGCGGGGCGUGGCAUCCGAGGGAGCCCAGCGGACACUCCGCUCUCUGCUUCCGUCCCGCGGUGCCCAUCGGCGUUUCGGGGCCGCAGCCGGGACCCUCGCGGAAGAUGACCUUGUACAGAAGCUCUUCCUCACCUUUCCCCCAACGCCAAGGCCGAGGCAGGCUCCCCACCCCGCUCUCUGUCUUCAGUGUCAGCCGUGCUUGAUCCCGGGACCCACGAGCCCUGCAGGGACCCUCGGGGCCCCGUCCCGUUGCCCGAGACCCUCCCUACCCCACAUUCCUCGGCGCUGGGAGCUAUUUUUGCCCAAGGCGGGAGGGAUGGGGGGGCUGGCGCCACCGAACCUGCACAUCUCAACUUGUAACUCAAUAAACAGAAGUGACAAUCGGA